ACCUGUUCUUAUAUUUAAUACACAUGGACAUGUCUCAAGGAUGAAUGAGUUUGUUAGAAAGUGGUCAUUACUGGAAGCUUUACAUGUAAUAUUGCUGCAGGUUUCAUGCAAAAGACUAGAAUUUUAAAAAAAAUCAUACAAUUCUAAGGAGGAAUAGACUGUACAAGAUAAAAAGAUAUUGAUAAAGUUAUUUGUGGAAUUUUAUCAUACUGUUAGGUGUUAGGAGUUGAAGCAAGAAAUGAUGGUUUACAUGUUUAGUGAAUAUACAUGAAAAAUUUAGCAGAAAUUGUAAAAAAGGCAAUACUAGCCAAGAGGAAAUACCUGAAUGAAGUCUGAACCAUAGCUAUAUUAAGGAGGAAAUACCAGUGAAUGAAGUCUGAAUAUUAGCUAUAUUAAGGAGGAAAUACCAGUGAAUGAAGUCUGAACCAUAGCUAUAUUAAAGAGGAAAUACCUGAAUGAGGUCUGAACCAUAGCUAUAUUAAGGAGGAAAUACCAGUGAAUGAAGUCUGAAUAUUAGCUAUAUUAAAGAGGAAAUACUUGAGCAACUACCAAGACACAUCUUCAUUUGCAUAUAAGAUAAAUGAUCUCUCAUAAAUUUCAAAAGUACAAAUAUUUAUUGAUUUUUGGUAAAAUGAUCAUAGAUUAUUCAAAGAAGCAGCUGUUUAAAUAAAACUUGCUGUUACAGGUAUUGUUUAAAGACAUUUAAUAUUAAUUUUAUUAAUAUUUUCAAUUCUGAGGAACUUACUGCAGAUCAAGUGUGCAAAUCAUCAUAGAAGCAAUGGAAAACUUGGCACCAGCCCCUCCAUCAAAUUUGAUGAUCAGUUUUGGUCUAGCUAUGAAUGUGUGUUUUUCUAUAACAAUCAUUAUGAUCAACAAAUGGGUGUAUGUAUACGGAAAGUUUCCAAACCUUACUCUUACAUUUAUUCAUUUUGUGAUAACAUUUAUCGGACUUUUUAUUUGCCGACUCUUUAGAGUGUUCAAACCAGCUAGUCUUUCCAUAUUACAAGUACUUCCAUUAGCAAUGACUUUUUGUGGAUUUGUGGUAUUUACCAAUCUGUCUUUAGGAACCAACAGCGUGGGAACAUACCAAAUUAUAAAGACCAUGACAAUGCCUUGUAUUAUGAUCAUCCAGACACAGUUUUAUAAAAAAUCAUUCUCAUUAGCCAUAAAACUGACCAUGAUUCCUAUAGCUUUAGGUGUUUUCCUAAAUUCCUUCUAUGAUGUCAAGUUCAACUUAUAUGGAAUUAUAUAUGCAUCUCUUGGUGUGUUUGUUACUUCACUGUAUCAGGUGUGGGUAGGAGAAAAACAGCAUGAAUUCCAGGUGAACUCAAUGCAGUUGUUAUAUUACCAAGCACCUCUAUCAUCAGCUAUGUUGUUUGUUGUCAUCCCUUUUGUGGAACCUAGUGUGUUCAGCUUCUAUGGAGCACUGGGAGAAUGGCCAAUUCAUGUUAUUGCAAUGGUGCUUCUUUCAGGAUUGGUAGCAUUUAUGGUCAAUCUUUCAAUAUUCUGGGUUAUAGGAAAUACAUCAGCUGUUACAUAUAAUAUGGUUGGUCAUCUAAAAUUCUGUUUAACAGUAGUUCUUGGAUUCCUUCUAUUCCAUGAUCCAAUCAGUAUGUUACAAUUGCUUGGAAUUUUACUUACAUUAUCAGGUGUUAUAUUAUAUACACAUAUAAAGCUGAAGGAACAAAAAACAAUGGCAGUUAAAUUACCUCUAUCAACAAAAGAGUGACAUGGUGACAGUUUGAUUCAUAGAUAUUCAAACAAUAUUAUAUUACUUUUUCAAGAGGACUUGUUAAAUUUCAGAUGUAGUUUCAACUUGCCAGUUGUUUUAGUGAUAAGUUAUUUAAAAUGUUGAUUUUACUGUAAAAAGAUAUAUAAGCUCACCUGGCCCAAAGGGCCAUAAGUGUGAGCUAUUGCCAUCACAUGGCAUCUGUGUUUUGUUGCUUAUCUGUUGUUAAAUGUUUAAAGUAUGAGGCAUGAUUAGGCUAUUUUUUUGGCUCCUUAAAUUUGGAGAUAAAAAUGUACUAUAAAAUUAUCAAAUAACAUCUGUCAGAUGUUCAAGGGCUUUGUCUAUCUGAUAUCAGUACUUAAACAGUGUCGGUUAAACUUCAUGUGUUUCAGUUCAAUUUCCAUUUUAAUAAAUAAAAUUCGCGGGGGACAUGGAAAUACCGGGUGUCAGUCUGGUCUUGUUAGCGCUCUCACGUGUACAAUUCUUGCCAGAAUUUUAUGAAACUUUAAUCAUAGGUUUAUAUUAGCAAUGUCUUGGACGAAUUUGAAAAUCAGUACCGAUCGAUUAUUUUUAAAAGAGUUAUGCCCCUUGGAAACAUUAAUUUUAUGGAAAAUUGCAUUGUUAGCGCUCUCAUGUGUUCAAUUCUUGCCAGAUUUUUAUGAUACUUAUAUCAUAGGUUUAUAUCAGCAAUGUCUUGGACGAGUUCGUAAAAUUAGUGCCGAUCAAUUAUUUUUAAAAGAGUUAUUCCCCUUGAAUAUAAAUUAUAUGGAGAAUUGCAUUUUUAGCUCUCUCAUAUGUACAAUUCUUGCCAGAAUUUUAUGAAACUUUAAUCAUAGGUUUAUAUUAGCAAUGUCUUGGACGAAUUUGAAAAUCAGUGCCGAUCAAUAAUGUUUAAAAGAGUUAUGUCCCUUGGAAAUAUUAAUUAUAUGGAAAAUUGCCUUAUGAGCGCACUAAAAUGUGAUCAAUUCUUGCAAGAUUUUUAUGAAACUUAUAUAAUAGGUUUAUAUCAUCAAUGUUCUUUAAGAGUUCAAAAAUCAGUGCCGAUCAAUUAUUUUUAAAAGAGUUAUGCCCUUGAAAAUAUUGAUUUUAUGGAAAAUUGCAAUGUUAUCGCUCUCAUAUGUUCAAUUCUUGCCAGAAUUUUAUGAAACUUAUAUCAUAGGUUAUAUCAGCAAUGUCUUUGACACUUUCGAAAAUAAGUUUUGAUUAAAUAUUUUUAACAAGUUAUGCCCCUUGGAAAUAUAAAUUAUAAUGGAAAUCACAUUGCAUUUGCUCUGAAUCCUUCAUUUCUCUUAAAAUAUUAAUAAAAAGUUUUAAAGAACAAAUCAAAAGUGCUUUUUUUAGUUAUUGCCCUUGUACCUUGGAUAGAUAAAAUAUGUGCAACGCGGGGGACAUUGGAACUCUGUUCUUUUAUAAAUUAUUUAUUGUCCUUGAUCUCAUUUUCUUAUUGUCCUUGAUCUCAUUUUCAUGGUUCAGCAACUGCUUGAAAAAAAUUUAGAGUUGUUUUAUCAUGUGAAAUACUCACUUAUUAUGAGUAAUAGAAUACCUAUAUUUGGUAUAUGGGAUCCUUACAAGGUCUACAUAAUGUCAGACAUAGUUCACCUGACUUCUACCUCACAUCAUGGAUCAGUGAUCAAGGUUACAUUUUUGUGUUCAAGUUUGUACCUAAGAUACCAUAAGCAGUAGGUCAACUAUAUUUGGUGUGUGGAAUGAUUGUAAGGUGUACAUGUCAGACUGGUACCGUAGGUUUUAUAUGACCUUGACCCUAUUUUCAUGGUUCAUUGGUCAAUGUUAAGUUUUGUUGUUUGGUCUGUUUUCUCAGAUACUAUAAGCAAUAAAUCAGCUGUACUUGGUGUAAGGUGUUCAUGUUUGUCUGCAGGUAUCAUCUGUCUUUGACCUCAUUUUCAUCGUUCAUUGGUCAAUGUUAAGUUUCAGUAGUAAGGUUUUCUAAGAUACUAUUACCAGUAGGGUCACUAUACUUGGUGAAUGGGAUGAUUGCAAGGUGUACAUGUCCUGUCUGGCAGAUUUCAUCUGACCUUGACCUCAUUUUCAUGGUUUAUGUUAAUCAGAUACUAUAAGUUAUAGGUCAACUAUAACUCGUUUAUAGAAUGAUUGUGAGGUGAACAUAUCUGUCUGCCAGGGUUCAUCUGACCUUGACCUUAUUUUCAUGGUUCAUUAGUAAAUUUUAAGUUUUCGUGGUUAUUUCGUUUCUCAGAUACUAAAAGCAAUAGAUCAACUAUAUUCACUGUAUAUAAUGAUAACAUGGUAUUCAUGCUGUAAAGGUUCAUCUGACUUUGACCUCAUUUUUAGGGUUCAUUGGUCAAUUGCCAAUGUUCAAUUUUUCGUAAUUAGGUCAGUCUAACUAUAUUCAGUGAAUGGUAUGAAAUUCAGUCAUGAUAAGUUAAGCAGGCUAGACAUUUCAGCGUGUGCACUCUUGGUAUAAAUAGACAAGUGUGUAUUUUAAUGUUCUAUAAUCAGGUAUGAAAGUAUAUGGAGCUAUGUGAUAAAAAGAUGAUUUUAAUCAACACUUAAAUAUUUAGGAAACUACAAAAAAGAUAUAUCAGAAGUUUUGCUUAAAUUACCAGUACAUUAUGCUGUAAAAAAUAUUAGAUUUUUUUAAAAGCAUUAGAUAUGUAAAUUCAUUAAAAUCAUUUCUACAAAAAUCCUACACAGUUGACUGUAUGUGUUCGUGUUUUUUAUAGGACCAAAAUUGAAUUUGACCUAAUUUGCAUAUGUAAAUUUUUAGGUCAGGUGAUUUGCUUCUAGUCCAAUUGAUGAACUCUUUCUAUAAUUGAAUAUAUAAUAACUAAGAUGACACGGAUGUAAGAACAAAAUUUAUCAAAUGUCUUUGGGGUAAACUUAUGGUUCCUUAGAAAACUUGUCAUUAUCCCCCUCUGUAUAUUUAAGCAAAAUUUAUAUAUGUAGGACUCUGAACCCCGAUGGUACUCUGAACCGCCAUGGUUAUUGAAAAUAUAAUAACUGAGAUGACCAGGAUGUAAGAACAAAAUUUAUCAAAUGUCUUGGAGUAAACUCCUGAUUCCUUAGAAAACUUGUCAUUAUUCCCUUCAUAUAUUUAAACAAAAUAUAUAUAUGUAGGACUCUGAACCCUGAUGGUACUCUGAACCGCGAUGGUCACGAUGAUGUGCGAUGGUUUGACCCUGAAGUGUGUUUUUUAUCACACUGAAGAGCGAUGAUGGCAUUGUGACGCUAUCUUAUUGAUAGCUACACCGAAGUGUGAUGGUGGUAACGCUGAAAUGCAAUGGUGGUAUCGCUGAAGUGCAAUGGACUAUAUAAACUAUACUUUCAAUGCUUUGCAGGUCAAUGUAAAAGUCAAUGUGUUUGUUAGAAGCAGUUUUUUUUUUUAAGUUAUAAAGUGGCUUAUAAACUUUUUAAUACUACAGGAAACAGGGAGAGAUUGGUAGAGAGGCCGAGAGGGGAAGUUAACCUUCUGUAGCAGAUUUUUUUUUAAAUCUACAAAAGGUAAUUUUUUUUAUUUCGAUGGAGCGUAGAAUUCUCUAAAUAAAUAUGGGUUCGCAAACAAACUCUGAAUUAUAUAAUACUAUGUUAACUAGGAACUCAUGAGAGGAACCAAGUAAAGAUAGAAUGUAAACGCAAAAUUAUGUUCACAUGCUGAAAAUCAGAGGAUGAUCUCUCACUUAGUAUGUAACUGCAACUAAGGACACAAAAGGACAAUAACUAAUGGAAAUUUAUAUACUAACCAUUAAAAAGUCUCCUUCUCAUAGGAUUAAUAAUGAAACAUCUGUGAUUUGAAACUAGCCAUCAUGCAUAAAAUAGACAAUCGCACAUCAGCGAACGGACCAUCACACUUCAGAGCAGACCAUGGCACUUCAGAGUGACCUUCACACUUCAGCGUCCCCAUCACACCUACAAGUCCUACAUAUAUAUGCUUAGGAACAGUUAUAUUUUAGUGAUCUUAUUAAUACUGGCAUUGUCUAAUCCUGAGUAUUCAUUUAUUUUUGUGGAUGAGAAAAUAUUGUAUUUCAUGUCAAUAAGACAGGGUAAAAGAAUUGCAGAUAAAUAUAGAACAAAUCUAUUUGAAGAUGCUAUAUAUUAGCACACUCUGUGCAAUAUGAUUUUGUGUUUUUUAUUGUAUAUUGUUGAUUUUCUUUUUCUUUAGAUACAUGUUUAUUUGUCAGUUAUAGUAUAUUAUAUUGUUUGUAUAUAAAAUAUGUAUUAAAAA